GUCCGCUGUUUGAUAUUCAAAGUGGGAGUUCUUGGGCCUUGGAACUGCGAUCCUGUUUACUACAGGGCUCUGCCAGCUGUGGCAGCCAAGCUCGCUGUUAACAGGAUAAACGACGACCUAAAUCUGGAUCUGGGCCUGAAAAUGGACUACAUCAUCCUUCAGGAACCUUGCGAGACCUCACAAGCCCUCACUGCUUUCAUCUACUAUGAGAAGAUGGCAGAUGCGUUUGUGGGUCCCACUAACCCAGGAUACUGUGUUGCAGCUUCUCUACUGGCCAAGAACUGGGAGAAAGCCAUCUUCUCAUACGGCUGUGUUAACUACGAGCUGGACCGUGUCAUAGGAUACCCAACCUUUUCCAGGACAGUGCCGUUUCCAUCUGAGGUGUUGUUCAUUGUGUUAAAGCACUUCAGGUGGGCCAGUAUUGUGGUGGUCUCAUCUAACGAGGACAUUUGGAUCGAUACAGCAGGGAGAGUCGCAUCUGCCAUGAGGAAUAAGGGGCUUCCGGUAGGCAUGGUUACAGCCAUCGGUACAAACGAGACAGAAGUCGAGAGCACACUGAGGAGGAUCCAGGCUGCAGGGGAGAUCAGGGGUGAGUCAAUACAGUUGAGUUGAAGACACCAACAAAGAAGAUUGACACCCAUAACUUAAUCAUUUGGGCAGAAAUAUUACACAACAGGUAGGCUGUAUUUGCAGAUUCCCUUCAGUAAAGGUUUAUCACUAUUAAACUGUACAGGAGCCAUUUUUAAUCUGCAAAUUUCACUUUUUUGGGACAACAAAUAAAAGUGUUUUCUUUUUACAAUAAGCUCUUCAAUUUGGCAUAAAGAGCUGACAUUAAGGUGGUCCUUGGAUGGAUUUUAAAAUGACAGUAAAGUGCACACAAUUUCUCCUCUAAGCAUCAGGCAAUCACCUAGAUCUGAAGUAAGACCUGAUAGAUGUCUCAUAAGCGUUACCUGUUCCACAAUCUUUAUUGUACUGUAAUAGGGCUGGGCGAUAAAAUGAAAACAAUAUAUAUUGAAAAUUAAUUUCCCUUAAUAUCAAUAUAAAUCAUGGUCAAUAUGUUUUUCGAUAGACAGCAUUCUGCCAUGUUUUGGUAGACUAUACGAAUAGGCAAUGAAAAGGGGAGAUGCUCUGGGUUCGCUUUGCACUGAAUGAAUCAUGUGCUGACUUAAGGUCCUUACACACCAACGCAAAUAUCUGACGCAAAAUUACGAAAUAUUCAGAGGCAAAUUUUAACGCACCAGACUAUACACCUCAAGCCCGAUGUGAUUUUGCGACUUUCCGGGGGGAAAAAAGACACGUCCCGGGGGAAAGUGAGAAGACUAACACAACAGCAGACUGACUGUUUUUCAGUUCUGAUUAGACACUAGUGUUGAGAUGUCUGUCUGUCAUGAUAGCAUGUACUGAGUCGGGGUCAGUACCAGAUAAGCACAUUAAACUGUAAUCCAUAAACGUAAGGUAACAACCGAGACCUAACAGUGCUGUGACAGCAACGCGAUUGAGUUUGAGACAGUGAAAAUACAUAUGGUAUGUUGUAUCUGAACAGGUUAGCUUACGAGCUAAAGUUACUUAGCACAGAUGAAAGUUAAAACAAAGACGUUUAGCAAACUGUUAAAGCACACAAACCAUCCUUCAGGUCGUUAUCUUUGUAAUGUUUGUGUUUUUUUUAUCAAAAAGCACUCUGUUCUCUGACACAUAAACAAUCAGCUGGUCGGCCAUGUUGGAUAUACCAGUGAAUCUGACGUCACAACAACACAAAAUCCGAUUGGUCAGAAGUGGACACACAGUAUGCGAAACUUUAGAAAAUUCGACCGUGAUAGGAAAAAAUAAAUGCUGCAAUAUCGCAGGAUGGGAAAACGUUGCUGAAUGCUUGUAUUGACAGGAUAUGGGUUCGAAAAAAAAAUAUUGACGUCCGAAUAAUUGCACGAUGAAAAUGGUCCCGGUGUGAAAGGACCUUUAGAACCAAGUAGCAAACAACUGUGUGUUAGCAGGCUGUAGCUACACACAACCAUAGCACUUUAACACAUGAAGCCGACAGCACUGCCGGUAAGAAAACAAGAAAAUGAGUGCUACCCCCGGGAGAAAUGCAGGUGAAGGUUCAACAGAUGAUGACAUUGUUGACAACACUGGCAUGAAAACGUCAGUGAUGUGGAGGUAUUUUGGUUUUUUGAGGUUGGACUUGAAGCAGAGUAACAGCCGACCAUUCAGUCCACUUACUCUUGCUCAAUGCCCUUGGACAAAAUGUCAAAGAGACACGAAGGCCUCACAGAUGCAGUAGCUCAUUGAAUUGCAAAAAACAUACUAUACCAAUAAACAAUGUUAAAUUUCAUUGUCUAUAAUGUGAUAUGUAUAGAUAUCAACUAAUAUGAAAAAAAAAAAUUGUGAUUACCUUUUCCCAUAUCGCCCAGCCCUAUACUAUACUGUACUUUGCUAUUUCCUCUAGUUCCUCGUUUGGGUAGGUUUCCUGUAAAUGUCAGUAUAACCCAGAGUGACAGUUCAGUAACUUUCUUCCUGCUUUCUGUUUGUCCAGCUGUCAAAUUUUGACUUAUAAUGUCAUCAUGCUACUUUCAUUCAUUACUUUCAUUUCAUUUCUGUGUGUUUCAGUCAUCAUUAUGUGCAUGCACUCUAUCCUGGUUGGAGGAGAGCAGCAAGCUUCAUUUCUCCUCAAAGCACAGGAAAUGGGCCUGACGUCAGGGCAGUAUGUGUUUGUGCCCUACGACACCCUCCAGUACAGUGUACCAUACACCAACAUCUCCUACUUCCCUCUGCAAAACAACAGCAGUCUGAGGGAGGCCUAUGAUGCUGUGCUCACCAUCACUGUAGCUUCUGAGCCUUUGUCUUUUAAUGAGGCCUUCACUGCUGCCCAGAGGAGUGAGGAACUGAUGAUAGAUAUGCAGCCAGAACAGGUAAAAAAAAUAAAGUCCGAGCUCCACACAAAAAUCUUGAAUUAGAGUCAUGUGUUAGUCUUUAGUAAAUACCCAAAUGUAUCCCUUUAGUAGGACUCAAAGUCAUUUCUCAUUUGAUGAAAAAGCUUAACCAAACUGACAUGAAUCAAUGUGAUUACCAGGUUUUUAGAAUGAAGCUUUCAUGGUUUUUGUUCUGUUUCUUUUCCUCUAGCAGAAGGAAGACAGUUCAGAAAAGUUUAUUGACUUAUCAGAAAUGGUCGUUGUUGUCAGUCAUUUGCUUUGUUAUAUUUAUCAGUAUUAUUUUCCUUACAACACAAAGAGAGUGGUUUGAUUUACAUCUUCAGUUCAUCUCAUCUCAUAUUCCCCACAAAUUCAAAGUUACCUCAUAUACGAUCUCUUUCUUUUCUUGUCUUACUUACCUUAAUCGUCUUAUCCAUUUCAAGAAAUCUCAUAUUGAAUGUCUCAUUUACUAAAUGCGUGCUAUGUUCAGAUUACCAACACCCAACAGUAGGUGUCCUCUCAUACUGAAAGAUAUUCUACAUGAAGUGUUUUGUUACACUAAAAACAUACUUUAAUCAGCAUCUUUUCACACUAAAACCAUCCUGUACUUAGUGUCUUAAUACUCUUAACACACCCUGCAUAGUUUGCUACCCAAUUUAGAGAACAAAUGACUCAUUUUAUACUUUAAUUUUAUACUUUAAUAGUUAAAUCGGGAAUGAUAUUUAUUCAUAUUGUAAAGUUAGCUUUCUUUUGUGCCCUUUGCAGGUACAUCCUCUAUUUGGGACCAUCUAUAACAGUAUUUACCUGCUGGCUAAAUCCAUCCACAAUGCCAGGAGAGCAGGCAUGUGGCUGUCAGGCUCAAACCUGGCCUACUUCACAAAGAACAUAACCUUCAAUGGCUUUAAUCAGAAGAUCCCAGUGGACAGUGCUGGGGAACUUAAGACCAACUUUGUCAUCCUGGACUCUGACAACUCAGGAGGGCAGCUGUAUCAGACCUACCAGGUGGAUUUAUCAUCUGGAGUGCUUCGCUUUGCUGGGAGGUCUAUUCAUUUUCCCGGAGGUUCUCCUCCACCGUCAGAUUCCAGCUGCUGGUUUGAUAAGACAGCUGUUUGCACAGGAGGUAUGAGAUCACUGGUGCAAAUGGAUAUGUUUACUCAAGUCCUUAUUGUUUUAUGGUGUAUUCUUUAUAUAUUCUGUCCUUAAUCCGUCCCUAUCUUCAGUUAUCUGCUGUCAUGUCAUCCUCAGGUGUGGAGGUCACUUACAUCAUUGUGGUGAUUGCAGUCAUCUUCGUUCUGGCUCUCGGAGGACUUGCUAUAAGUCUUUAUAUCAGGUAAAGCCUUUAAAUAUAAACAGAUUCAGGUUUUUGUACCAACAAGUGAAAUAGUGCAUUAUUCUUCUGCUCGGCUGUUCCAGUUGUUGCCCUUAUCGUAAGUAAAAUGGUUUUUGUUUGGAGAAAAGAUGCGCUCACAUACUAAAGCUGUGGUGUACAUAAUAAUGAGUCUUCAAUGUAAAUGCUAGAAACAAUUGGAUGAAAAAGUCCUAAGCAGUCCCCCCUAGGUAAAUUAAUGUAGAAAUGAAAAUAGUGAUGAUAAUGAUUGUAACAGUCAACGCCAGCAGGUCUAUUUUUAUCAUUUAUAACUAUAAAAUGAUUUUGUGAAGACUGAUAAUAUUGAUUAUCACAUUCAGUGCCAAGCAGCUUUGAAGCUAACAUUAGUAAUUAAUACAAUAAUAACACCAAUAAUGUGAUAUCAAUAUGUGUAGCAUUUGGAGUUAGUUGGAUACACAGGUGGACACGGGUCUCUAAAACCUCUGUAAAAACCAAUGGCUGUACCUGGUAACGGGGCAAACUUGCAAGACUGAAUGUGCCCCGGUCUUAUGAUCAUUAUAUCAAAUUCUUUCUUGUGGUUGUACCAAAGUAAAGUGAUUUAUUGAACUAAUGAUGUACUGAUUUCUUUGGUCUGUGACUCUGAUUGACAUUAUAUGAGUAAAAGCCUGAUCCUGAGCCUAAUCUCAUAUCUUACCAUCUGACCAUAUGCUCACAGUAAACUAGACUUCCAUAUAGGGUGAUACUCUUACUUACUCAAAGAUGAUCCCUACGUUUAAGGAAACAGACCCCAACUACCAUUGGUUUAGUCCAUUUUCUUAUCUUGUUUUAAUUUUAUUUUUCAUCCCACUUGCAGAAGGAGACUGCAACAAAUCCAACUGGUGAAAGGCCCCAAUCGGAUCCUUUUAAGUUUGGGGGAUCUCACUUUUAUCAAUCCCCAACUAAGCAAAAAAGUAAGCAGCGACACCAUCCCUCAGUCAUUAAAUGAAACUUUUGGAACAGCAAUUUAUUAUUUCUGUAUUUUUUGUGAGCUAUUUGAUUAAGAUGAUGUACACUUUCAUUUAAAAAAAAAUAUUAAGGGAUCUUAUUCAUUACUUGUUUUCCUGGUGUUGCAGAAAAUCACCUUAGAGGAUCUCAGUGAGUCCAAGAGUGCUCUAGAGGACAAAUCCGCUGACCACUCUCACUCUGUCAACAGCAUGCAAACUGCAACUCAUGAGACCACAAAUGUAGCUGUGUACGAGGUAGGUAAGAGAGGGAGCAUCCUUACACGUGUUGCUUCAGCCCUCGUUUAUAAUUAACAAUAUUUUAUAAUGAUAAGGAACAGAGGAGGGUCCAUGAAGCCCACUUGACAGCCAGAAGUUGAAAACACAUUUUUUGUCAUGUUUUCCUUUAGGUGUAUACCACAUGGUUUAUGUUAUUUAUUUGAAUAGAACAGUUCAUAUAGCUUUUUGGUAUUCUAUUUUUAAGUCUAACUUUUAAUUAACAGGUAUUAUUGUUCAGACUAUUAACAAGUAUUUCUGUUACCAAACUAUUACAUAACAUAGAAUAAACACAGAAUUACAACAGUACAGGUAGGUGACUGAUCAUGUAGAGGUUAAUGGUUAUUGGCUUAUUCAAAGUUUGAAAUGUGAAUUUAAACUCUUAAAAAUGGUAUUUUUCUAAGUGUCACAAUGUGUCUUUUCUUCUAGGGUGACUGGGUAUGGCUGAAGAAAUUUGAGGAGGAGCAGUUCAAAGAAAUGAAACAGAGCAUAACAAAGAUUUUCACAAAGGUAAAGAAAAUUUUCAGGGGGAAAAAAAUCUAUAUAAAAGCUAUGGCCACAGUUGAAACUAAAAAUUGAAUAGAGUUCUUCAUUUAAAGACAUACUGAGAGUAUUGUGUCUAAUUGCCUUGAACCUUUCCAUGAAUGUUCCCUUUAUUUCAGAUGAAAGACCUGAGAAAUGAAAACGUAAAUCCAUUCCUGGGCUUCUUUGCAGACUGCUCCAUGUUUGCAGUGGUGACUGAACACUGCUCUCGGGGCAGUCUGCAUGACCUGCUGAGAAAUGAGGAUGUUAAACUUGACUGGAUGUUCAAGUCCUCACUUUUGCUGGACCUCAUCAAGGUGAAACUGCUGAAUCACUCGGUCCUACCUUUAUAUUUGGUGACCUGUAUGUUCCAUAGACUGUGGUAUGUUCGCAGUCAACAAUGUGAUAUUAAUUGCAUUGUUUAACAUGUUGUGCUCCCAGGGUAUGAAAUACCUUCAUCACAGAGAUUUCCCUCAUGGCAGACUAAAAUCUCGUAACUGUGUGGUGGAUGGGCGCUUCGUCCUCAAGAUCACUGACUAUGGCUUCAAUGAGCUGCUGGACUCUCAGAAAGCCCCAAUGGAAGAACAUCGACCUCAAGGUAUCUUCUCUGGCCAAAGAUGUGACUCUAUAUUUUAUUUUAUAGACUGUACAGCCAGGUUUCGAUCCUACAUGAUUCCACUUUAGCUUUACAAAUGAAUGUUAAAAUGAGCUCUAAAUCCAUACUCAAAGGCUCUUGCUCUUUACAGUCAGAAGUGCCAAAAGUGUGCUCCAGAUCAAAUCAAUAAACUUUGCUUUUUUUUUCUCUCUCAGAUCUGUUUUGGACAGCUCCAGAGUUCUUAAGAGAUCAAGCAAGUUCCCGCAGAGGCACGUACAAGGGAGAUGUAUACAGCUUUUCCAUCAUCCUACAAGAGGUGGUGGUCAGGGGCCCACCAUACUGCAUGCUGGGUCUUCCACCUGAGGGUAUGUAUAGAUCAGAGAGAAGGUGAUACAAACAAACAGAAACAGACAGAUUAUGUGUGAAAUGUUUUAGAAUUUUAGAUGUAGUUUUAAGAAAAUACAAAUGUGCACACAGUCAACAAUGUAAUGAAACACGAAUGUUGAAAUAGUUGGUUUGACAUUUUGACUGAUAUUUGUUUCCUCACCAGAGAUUAUCCGCAAAGUGAAGAAGCCUCCUCCAAUGUGCCGUCCUACUGUGGCCCCAGACCAGGCUCCUCUGGAGUGUAUCCAGCUGAUGAAGCAGUGCUGGAGUGAACUACCUGACCGCAGACCAACUUUUGAUGAGAUCUUUGACAGGGUACUAGAAGUUAUUCCAGAAGUUAUAGUCUUGAAGUAAUUAAAUUCAACUGAACAUGUUUUGGUGAUAUUGCAAAAAUGUUUAAGAAUAAUUUUGUAUGUUUAUGAUUAGUUCAAGAUAAUCAACAAGGGUAAAAAGACCAACAUUAUUGAUUCAAUGCUGAGAAUGCUGGAGCAGUACAGCUCCAACCUGGAGGACCUGAUCAGAGAGAGAACAGAGGAGCUGGAAGUGGAGAAACAGAGAACAGAAAAGCUUCUGUCAGAGAUGCUGCCGCCGUGAGUUUCCACUCAACAUCAAAUCUUUUCACAUGAAUGCAAUCCAGUGUGUUUCUUUUGUAAUCUUUCCAUCCCAGCAGGAAGAUUAGUCACAUAAUUUGAUAAAUGGUUUAGUAUCUGUCCCUCAUGACCCGUGUCCCCCUUUGUUUUCAGUUCAGUAGCUGAGGCCCUAAAGACCGGCGCCACGGUGGAGCCAGAGUACUUUGAUCAGGUCACUAUCUACUUCAGUGACAUUGUUGGUUUCACGACUAUCUCCUCGCUCAGCGAUCCCAUUGAGGUGGUUGACCUUCUCAAUGAUCUCUACACCCUGUUUGACGCCGUGCUCAGCAACCACGAUGUCUACAAGGUCAGAGAGCACACUCACUGUAUUUCUUGUAAACUACCAGUCUACAUGUACAGUACCUGCCAUUCAAAUGCACAAUGAAGUGCCCACAGCUGAAUACAUUUGUUGGAAUCAUACAGGUGGAGACCAUUGGGGAUGCAUACAUGGUAGCAUCAGGUCUACCAAAGCGAAACGGCAACAAGCACGCCGCUGAGAUCGCCAACAUGUCUCUGAACAUCCUCAGCUCAGUAGGAACCUUCCGAAUGCGGCACAUGCCUGAUGUACCUGUCAGGAUACGGAUAGGAAUUCACUCAGGUGAAGCUUUGUAAUAUUCUAACAUUAACAUUAUUAACCUUAUGCUUAGAAACAUGUCCAUUCUUAUUACCUGUGCAUAGCCAUAAUAAAUCUAGAGGUCACUGAGACUUAUGUUGACUGCAUUUUCAAUCUGUGUUGUUAAAUUUUUACAUAUAACCGACAUUACCUGCAUGGUCAAAGUCAGACAAAUCAAUAACAGGGUGGAAGCUGAAAUCUAAAGUUGAUAUAACAAGGGUUGACUUGUAGCUUGUCCAUCUUGAUAUUCUAAUAAUUAAUUUCUAUAUUUUACUGUCAUGGACAACGCUGAUGCAUGCUGAGAUAGGCUUUGGCUAAGAGGAAUACAGUGCUUACCCACUGAGCAAUAGACGGUUAUUAGACUUCUAGUUUUUUUAAGACCGAGUUUGAACCGUCUAGAUUCUGUACAUUUUUAGAUGAAAUUUAGACAUUGCACUUUAACCCAUUAUUCAAUAACUAUUCAUUUCAAAAAGCAACUGUGAGUUGCAUAACUCAUCUCCAACUACUUAACCAUAAUAAUUAUGAUAGCGGUUGAGCAAUCUACAGUGUAGUAUAGUACAGCAGGCUAGUCUAAACUUGGUCUAAAUUUAGACGUCUAAAAAACUUUCAUUUUUAGACCUGUGGUAGCCUGAUUUUAGACCAGUCAUCUAGGCCAGUGGUUCUCAAGUCCAGUCCUCGAGGCCCACUGUCCUGCAUGUUUUGGAUGUUUCCCUGCUCCAACACACCUGAUUCAAAUGAUCAGCUCGUUAUUAAGCCAUUACAGAGCUUGAUAACGAGCUGAUCAUUUGAAUCAGGUGUGUUGAUUAAAAAAAAAAAAAAAACACAUUUUUGGAAAAAACUCAAGUCAAAAUUGUCUUUUGAAAUAAUGUUAGUUUUACUUCAAUCAGUUGUUGUCAUCUUUAAAACUGACAGAAAUUUCUUUUACAUUUCCAGGACCCUGUGUUGCUGGGGUGGUGGGUCUGACGAUGCCACGGUACUGCCUUUUCGGAGACACUGUCAACACUGCCUCUCGCAUGGAAUCCACUGGGCUGCGUAAGAAUCCUGUACAUACCCAAACCAUCAGAGGUUCUGUUGUUUCAUGUUUUGUUUUGAUCUGAUCUGUCCUCUUCUCUUUGUCUCAUCCACCGUCAGCUUAUAGAAUCCAUGUGAAUAUGACCACUGUGAAGAUCCUUCAUUCUCUCAACGAGGGCUACAGAAUAGAAGUUAGAGGCAAGACAGAGCUGAAGGUGAUGCAAUAUUCAACAAUAUGCAGUCAAGGACUACUUCUAGAUGAGAUACUCUGUAACCAACUCAUGAUGUGUCUUUUUUAUUUUUAGGGUAAAGGAAUUGAAGAGACGUACUGGCUUGUGGGUAAAACAGACUUUACAAAACCUUUGCCAAAACCACCUGAGAUCAAACCAGGGUAAGCUUAACAUUUCUAUUCAUAUCUGAAUUUUUAAGUAAUCAUGGGGACAAAUUGUUUGACCUGUUGUCAAUUCUGAAACAGCCUUGCAAACAUACAAGCGCAGACAAAAAUAAACAUUAUGCAUACAUUAUUGAACUACCAUUUGAUCUUAUUCUAAUAUGAUAUGAUACCACAGCUCCCAUGUUUUCAGGAGUGAUAUAUUUUGAUAAUGUUAUCUAUAUGUUGCUGUUGAAUUUGUAUCCUUUUGGCUCAUGCAAAUUCCAACUCUCUGAAUAUUGCUUCAGGGAAGACAAUCACGGGCUGAACCCUGAAGAUAUAGCUGCGUACAGAAGAAAAAAAGCUGAAAAAAAGGCUUGACCACCUUAGUCCAUACACAGGAGGUAGAGUCCUGCAUGCCGGCUGCUGCUGUUGUGUUGUAGAGAUGCUGCUGCUGUGGAUGUCAGUUCUAUAAGGCAACAAUGGGUGUGCACAUGCACAGAUUUGUCUCAUUGAUUACUGAGUCUUAUUGAUAGCUCUGUGAUCUAUAAGUCUCAUUAAUCUCCUGAUCUUAUCACCUUCUACAUCUUCUUAAGGAGAUUGGGAAAAGCCCUCUUUGUUUAGUUCAUUCGCUUUUAUCGUUGCUGGCUGGGGCAUUUCCAUAAUUAACUUUUAUUUAUUUGACCGUGCUGCUUUUUAUUUGUUUUUGUAUGCUGUGUGGUACGCUUUGUCUUUUUUACGGCUUGGUAUAAAUGACAAGUACAUUAUUUUCUGUUGAUCCACUCUUUAUAUUUCACUAGGACAAACUGGCAGGAGAUGGUGACACAAGAGAUCAGGACCAUUUUUCGCAAGGCCAACAGACAGUUGGACAAAAAGACUUGAAUGAGAAGAAAGGAAGACGUGCAAGAAGCAAAGCCAGAGCAGCAGAUGAGAGGAGGACUUAUCCAGAGGAAUGAAGAGACAGAGAGCAGGGAGGGGCAGGCGGAGAGCGGUCAGCACCCCCCAUCCUCUCACUGUGCUUACUUCAGACUUGUUUAAGAGGAUUGUCCAUCGACCAGCUAAUCUGCCUGCAGCCAGCACAGCAGAACAUGACAGUGCUAAUGUAAUGAAGGUUGGCGCAUUACCUGCCUAUGUGCCUGCUGCCAGUAGCACAAGGAAGCUGCAUGGCUCCUGAAUGAGAGCUGCACUCAUUCACUACUCUCUGCACUUACUGGCCACUGAGUGGUCCCCUAUUACAGGACAAUGAAACAUCAAACUGCCUAUUUCAAAAUAAAACCUGUUACUUAGCUUUGACUGAAUUGUAUGAGCGCAAAAUCUUAAUGCAAAGGCUGCUAAUGAUUUUGAAUAUCAAGAGGAAAAACAGCUUCUGCAUUUAUGGGUAAGACAAAAUUCAUACAUAUAUUCCAAGUUGUUUUAACCCUCCUCCUGUGUUAGGGUUUGCAGCAACCCGUUUCUGUUAUUAAAUGCUUAAAAG